AUGGCGAGGCAGCCACCUUGGUGGGGCCUCAGGGGGCCGACGACCCCACUACUCCUGCUCCUCCUCUCUUUGUUCCCUCUCAGCCGGGAAGAUCUGGGGGGCGGUGGGGGCCAAGGCUGGGACCCGGGGGUAGCUGCAGCUACGGGGUCAGGGGCUCAGAUCGGCGGCAGGGCCUUAGCUCUUUGUCCCGAGCUACCCGGAGCCCGAGAGGAUGGAGAGCUUAGCCCGGGAAUCAGGGAGUCUAUUUUCGUGGGGCUCCGAGGAAGAAGGCAAAGCGCCCAGAGUGGUCGAGGGUCUCCUGAGCAGUCGGAUGCGGGGCUUAGGGCAGAAUACGGUGUUCAGGCAAUAGGCAGCCCUGGGCAAGAGACAGGACAGGGACUGGGGUCUCUGUUAUGCUGGCGCCCGGAAGUCUCUUCUUGCAGGCAGACAGGACUCUCACGAAGAGAUAGCUUGUUGCCACAGGCUCUGUCCCCAGGGGUCCCGGGCCCAGAGAACAGUUUUCCCUUCCCUUCAGACCUUCUGGUUCGGCCCCGUGGUUCUAAGCUGGUGUCCUACCAGAGGAAUGCUAGGAGAGGCGCCCCCCAAAAAGUGGGAGCCAUGCGAUGCUGUGGAAAAUUGUGGGUGCCAGGACACAGGGGUCAAAGCGAGAGAACCCUGAUAUCCCGAGCCCAGAGGACAGUCACCCGGGCUGACUGUACUCCCGGAGCUACGGGAUCUGGCCCUGGGCUGGAUUCAGCACCGCGCACAGCAAGGACAGCUCCUAUUUCUGGUUCAGCACCGCGCGGUUAUCGGACAGCUCCCGAGUCCACGCCCAAGCGCAUGCGCCCCCGCGGUCUCUUCCGCCACCGCCUCCUUCCGCAGCGCCCCGGGCCGCGACCCCCAGGGGUCCCCGCCGGGCAAGAGCCCUGGAGAAUACCCCUAGCAAGCCGGGUUCGACCCCGUCGCGCCGCGAACCGACACCCACAGUUUCCACAGUACAACUACCAGGCGCUAGUGCCCGAGAACGAGGCAGCGGGCACCGCAGUGCUACGCGUAGUGGCGCAGGACCCAGACUCGGGCGAGGCUGGGCGCCUAGUAUACUCCCUGGCUGCGCUUAUGAAUAGCCGCUCGCUGGAGCUGUUCAGCAUCGACCCGCAGAGCGGCCUAAUCAGCACGGAGGCUGCUCUGGAUCGCGAGAGCAUGGAGCGCCAUUAUCUGCGUGUGACAGCACAGGACCAUGGCUUGCCGCGCCUCUCGGCCACCACCAUGGUGGCCGUUACAGUGGCCGACCGCAACGACCAUGCGCCGGUGUUUGAGCAGGCUCAAUAUCGGGAAACGCUUCGUGAGAAUGUGGAGGAAGGCUACCCUAUCCUACAGUUGCGUGCCACUGACGGUGAUGCGCCCCCCAACGCCAACCUGCGUUACCGCUUCGUGGGGCCACCAGCUACGCGCACUGCAGCUGCCGCUGCCUUCGAGAUUGAUCCGCGCUCAGGCCUCAUCAGCACCAGCGGUCGCGUGGACCGUGAGCACAUGGAAAGCUAUGAGCUGGUGGUAGAGGCCAGCGACCAGGGCCAAGAGCCUGGGCCGCGCUCUGCCACUGUGCGUGUGCACAUUACAGUGCUGGACGAAAACGACAACGCACCCCAGUUCAGUGAGAAGCGUUAUGUGGCUCAGGUGCGGGAGGAUGUGCGCCCGCAUACAGUGGUGCUACGCGUCACAGCUACAGACCAGGACAAGGACGCCAAUGGACUAGUGCACUAUAACAUCAUCAGCGGCAAUAGCCGCGGCCAUUUUGCCAUCGACAGCCUCACGGGUGAGAUCCAGGUGGUGGCACCUCUGGAUUUUGAGGCAGAACGAGAGUAUGCUUUGCGCAUCCGGGCGCAGGAUGCAGGCCGGCCUCCGUUGUCCAACAACACGGGCCUAGCCAGCAUCCAGGUGGUGGACAUAAAUGACCAUACUCCUAUUUUUGUCAGCACGCCCUUCCAGGUAUCUGUCUUGGAAAACGCACCCCUGGGCCAUUCGGUCAUCCACAUUCAGGCAGUGGAUGCAGACCAUGGGGAGAAUGCGAGAUUGGAGUACUCCCUUACUGGUGUGGCACCUGAUACUCCCUUCGUGAUAAACAGUGCAACUGGGUGGGUCUCUGUGAGUGGCCCCCUGGACCGUGAGUCUGUGGAGCAUUACUUCUUUGGUGUGGAGGCCCGAGACCAUGGUUCACCCCCCCUCUCUGCCUCAGCCAGCGUCACAGUUACUGUGCUGGAUGUUAACGACAAUCGGCCUGAGUUCACGAUGAAGGAGUACCACCUACGGCUGAAUGAGGAUGCAGCUGUGGGCACCAGUGUGGUAAGUGUGACGGCUGUAGACCGCGAUGCCAACAGUGCCAUCAGCUACCAGAUCACAGGUGGCAACACUCGGAAUCGUUUUGCCAUCAGCACCCAGGGUGGCGUAGGUCUGGUGACCCUGGCUCUGCCACUGGAUUACAAGCAGGAACGCUACUUCAAGCUGGUGCUGACUGCAUCUGACCGUGCCCUUCACGAUCACUGCUAUGUGCACAUCAACAUCACAGAUGCCAACACUCACCGGCCUGUCUUCCAAAGUGCCCACUACUCAGUGAAUGUGAAUGAGGAUCGGCCAGUGGGUAGCACUGUGGUGGUCAUCAGUGCCUCUGACGAUGAUGUGGGUGAGAAUGCCCGUAUCACCUACCUGCUGGAGGACAACCUGCCCCAGUUCCGCAUUGAUGCAGACUCAGGGGCCAUUACACUACAGGCCCCACUGGACUAUGAGGACCAGGUGACCUACACACUGGCUAUUACAGCCCGAGACAAUGGUAUUCCACAGAAGGCAGACACCACUUAUGUCGAGGUGAUGGUCAAUGAUGUGAAUGAUAAUGCUCCGCAAUUUGUGGCCUCCCACUACACAGGCUUGGUCUCAGAGGAUGCCCCACCUUUUACCAGUGUCCUACAGAUCUCAGCCACUGACCGGGAUGCUCAUGCCAAUGGCCGGGUCCAGUACACUUUCCAGAAUGGAGAAGACGGAGAUGGAGAUUUUACAAUUGAGCCCACCUCUGGCAUCGUCCGCACAGUGAGGCGGCUGGAUCGGGAGGCCAUUCCAGUGUAUGAACUCACUGCCUAUGCUGUGGACCGAGGUGUGCCCCCGCUUCGGACUCCAGUCAGCAUCCAGGUGACAGUGCAGGAUGUGAAUGACAAUGCACCUGUCUUCCCAGCUGAGGACUUUGAGGUUCGGGUGAAGGAGAACAGCAUUGUGGGUUCGGUGGUGGCCCAGAUCACUGCAUUGGACCCUGACGAAGGUCCCAACGCCCAUAUAAUGUACCAGAUCGUGGAGGGGAACAUCCCUGAGCUGUUCCAAAUGGAUAUCUUCUCUGGAGAGUUGACAGCACUCAUCGACCUGGACUAUGAGGCUCGCCAGGAAUAUGUGAUUGUGGUGCAGGCCACAUCUGCCCCUCUGGUCAGUCGAGCCACUGUGCACAUUCGCCUGGUUGACCAGAAUGACAAUAGCCCGGUACUCAACAACUUCCAGAUCCUCUUCAACAACUAUGUGUCCAACCGCUCAGACACCUUCCCCUCAGGCAUCAUUGGCCGAAUCCCAGCUUAUGACCCUGAUGUCUCUGACCACCUCUUCUACUCUUUUGAGCGGGGCAAUGAGCUACAGCUGCUGGUGGUCAACCAGACCAGUGGAGAGCUUCGACUCAGCCGCAAGCUAGACAACAACCGCCCACUAGUGGCCUCCAUGUUGGUGACUGUCACAGAUGGGCUGCACAGUGUGACAGCGCAGUGUGUGCUGCGUGUGGUCAUCAUCACUGAAGAGUUGCUGGCCAACAGCCUGACCGUUCGCCUGGAGAACAUGUGGCAGGAGCGCUUCCUGUCGCCACUGUUGGGCCACUUUUUGGAAGGCGUGGCCGCGGUACUUGCCACACCUGCCGAGGACGUCUUUAUCUUCAACAUCCAGAACGACACGGACGUGGGGGGCACUGUGCUCAAUGUGAGCUUCUCAGCGCUGGCGCCACGCGGGGCCGUGGCUGGCGCUGCAGGUCCCUGGUUCAGCUCCGAGGAGCUGCAAGAGCAGCUGUACGUGCGCCGCGCCGCCCUCGCCGCCCGCUCCCUUCUGGACGUGCUGCCCUUCGACGACAACGUGUGCCUGCGCGAGCCCUGCGAGAACUACAUGAAGUGCGUGUCGGUGCUGCGCUUUGACUCGUCUGCGCCCUUCCUGGCUUCGGCCUCCACGCUCUUCCGACCCAUCCAGCCCAUCGCAGGCCUGCGCUGCCGCUGCCCGCCGGGCUUUACGGGAGACUUCUGCGAGACUGAGCUCGACCUCUGCUACUCCAACCCCUGCCGCAACGGCGGCGCCUGCGCGCGGCGGGAGGGCGGCUACACCUGCGUGUGCCGCCCACGCUUCACAGGAGAAGACUGCGAGCUGGACACGGAGGCCGGACGCUGCGUGCCUGGCGUCUGCCGCAACGGGGGCACCUGUGCGGAUGAGCCCGACGGCGGCUUCCGCUGCCAGUGUCCGGCGGGCGGCGCCUUCCAGGGCCCACGCUGCGAGGUGUCGGCUCGCUCCUUCCCGCCCAGUUCGUUUGUCAUGUUCCGCGGCCUGCGGCAGCGCUUCCACCUCACGCUGUCCCUCUCGUUUGCAACGGUACAGCCAAGUGGGCUACUCUUCUACAAUGGGCGCCUGAACGAGAAACAUGACUUCCUGGCCUUGGAACUCGUGUCCGGGCAAGUGCGGCUCACAUAUUCCACAGGUGAGUCCAACACGGUGGUCAGCCCCACAGUUCCAGGGGGCCUGAGUGACGGGCAGUGGCACACAGUGCAUCUGAGAUACUACAACAAGCCCCGGACAGAUGCCCUGGGGGGUGCUCAGGGCCCCUCCAAGGACAAGGUGGCUGUGCUGAGUGUGGAUGACUGCGAUGUGGCCGUGGCUCUGCAGUUUGGUGCUGAGAUUGGAAACUACUCCUGUGCGGCUGCUGGCAUGCAAACAAGCUCCAAGAAGUCCCUGGACCUCACGGGCCCUCUGCUCCUGGGGGGUGUUCCCAACCUCCCCGAGAACUUCCCCGUGUCCCACAAGGACUUCAUUGGCUGCAUGCGGGACCUGCACAUUGAUGGCCGCCAAGUGGACAUGGCGGCCUUCGUUGCAAACAACGGCACCAUGGCAGGCUGCCAGGCCAAGCUCCACUUUUGCGACUCAAACCCGUGCAAGAACAAUGGCAUCUGCUCAGAACGGUGGGGUGGCUUCAGCUGCGACUGUCCUGUGGGCUUUGGUGGCAAAGACUGUCGGCUCACCCUGGCUCAUCCCCACCAUUUCCGUGGCAACGGCACAUUGAGAUGGGACUUUGGAAAUGACCUGGCUGUGUCUGUGCCAUGGUACCUGGGGCUGGCAUUUCGGACACGGGCCACACAGGGGGUCCUGAUGCAAGUACAGGCUGGGCCGCACAGCACGCUCCUCUGUCAGCUGGAUCGGGGGUUGCUGUCCGUGACGGUGACCAGGAGCUCAGGCCGUGCUGCCCACCUCCUCCUGGACCAGGUGACUGUCAGUGACGGCCGGUGGCACGAUCUGCGGCUGGAGUUGCAGGAGGAGCCAGGUGGCCGGCGGGGCCACCAUGUUCUCAUGGUCUCACUGGACUUUAGCCUCUUCCAGGACACCGUGGCCGUGGGGAGUGAGCUGCAGGGCCUGAAAGUAAAGCGACUCUAUGUGGGAGGCCCGCCCCCCGGCAGUGAAGAGGAGGUUCCUCGGGGUCUGGUUGGCUGUAUCCAGGGUGUAUGGCUCGGCUCCACGCCUUCGGGGUCCCCAGCCCUGCAUCCACCCAGCCAGCGAGUGAACGUGGAACCUGGCUGUGUCGUGAAUAACUCCUGUGCAUCUGGGCCCUGCCCACCCCACGCCGACUGCCGAGACCUCUGGCAGACCUUUUCCUGCAAAUGCUGGCCAGGUUACUAUGGCCCAGGCUGUGUGGACGCCUGCCUCUUGAACCCCUGCCAGAACCAGGGGUCCUGCCGACACCUCCCGGGAGCCCCCCACGGCUAUACCUGUGACUGUGCAGGUGGCUAUUUUGGGCACCACUGUGAGCACAGGAUGGACCAGCAAUGCCCACGAGGCUGGUGGGGAAGCCCGACCUGCGGCCCCUGCAACUGUGACGUUCACAAGGGCUUUGACCCCAACUGCAACAAGACCAAUGGGCAGUGUCACUGCAAGGAGUUCCACUACCGGCCACGUGGCAGUGACUCAUGCCUCCCAUGUGACUGCUACCCUGUGGGCUCCACUUCCCGUUCCUGUGCCCCCCACAGUGGGCAGUGCCCUUGUCGCCCAGGGGCCCUUGGCCGCCAGUGCAACAGCUGUGACAGUCCUUUUGCAGAGGUGACGGCCAGCGGCUGCCGAGUGCUCUAUGAUGCCUGCCCCAAGUCCCUGAGAUCUGGAGUGUGGUGGCCCCAGACCAAGUUUGGCAUUUUGGCCUCAAUGCCCUGCCCUCGGGGGGCCCUGGGUACUGCCGUGCGGCUGUGUGAUGAAGACCAGGGUUGGCUGGAGCCUGACCUCUUCAACUGCACCUCCCCUGCCUUUCGAGAGCUCAGCCUGCUGUUGGAUGGCCUAGAGCUGAACAAGACAGCAUUGGACACUGUGGAGGCCAAGAAGCUGGCUCAGAGGCUGCGGGAGGUCACCGGCCACACUGACCACUACUUCAGCCAAGACGUUCGAGUCACUGCCCGCCUACUGGCCCACCUGUUGGUGUUUGAGAGCCACCAACAGGGCUUUGGGCUGACAGCCACACAGGAUGCCCACUUCAAUGAGAAUCUGCUGUGGGCAGGCUCGGCACUGCUGGCUCCAGAGACCGGGGACUUGUGGGCAGCGCUGGGGCAGCGGGCCCCAGGGGACGCCCCCGGCAGUGCGGGGCUGGUGCGGCAUCUGGAGGAGUACGCGGCCACACUCGCCAGGAACAUGGAGCUCACAUACCUGAAUCCUGUGGGGCUGGUCACGCCCAACAUCAUGCUCAGCAUAGACCGCAUGGAGCACCCCAGUCCAUCCCGGGGGACCCGCCGCUACCCCCGUUACCACAGCAACCUUUUCCGAGGCCAGGAUGCCUGGGAUCCUCAUACCCACGUGCUGCUGCCUUCCCAGGCCCCACGACCAGCCCCACACGAAGUUCCGCCCACAGGCAGCAGCAGCAUGGAAAACUCCACCGUCUCCACUGUGGCCCCGCCACCAGCCCCGCUGGAGCCCGAGCCCGAGCCUGGGCUCUCCAUCAUCAUCCUCCUCGUCUACCGCACCUUAGGGGGGCUGCUUCCGGCCCAGUUCCAGGCUGAGCGCCGCGGCGCCAGGCUCCCCCAGAACCCCGUCAUGAACUCCCCGGUGGUCAGCGUGGCUGUGUUCCACGGACGCAACUUCCUGAGGGGUGACCUGGACUCCCCGAUCAGCCUCGAGUUCCGCCUACUACAGACGGCGAAUCGCAGCAAGGCGAUCUGCGUGCAGUGGGACCCGCCUGGCCCGGCAGAGCGGCACGGAAUGUGGACAGCACGGGACUGUGAGCUGGUACACAGGAACGGGUCCCAUGCACGGUGUCGUUGUAGCCGGACAGGCACCUUUGGGAUCCUCAUGGAUGCCUCCCCCCGUGAGAGGCUAGAGGGUGACCUGGAGCUGCUGGCUGUGUUCACCCAUGUGGUCGUGGCCACAUCUGUAGCUGCGCUGCUGCUGACUGCGGCCAUCCUGCUGAGCCUACGCAGUCUGAAGUCCAACAUGCGUGGGAUCCAUGCCAACGUGGCAGCCGCCCUGGGGGUGGCAGAGCUCCUCUUCCUGCUGGGGAUCCACAGGACCCAAAGCCAGCUGCUGUGCACCGCCGUCGCCAUCCUCCUGCACUACUUCUUCCUCAGCACCUUCGCGUGGCUCCUCGUGCAGGGGCUGCACCUCUACCGCAUGCAGGUUGAGCUGCGCAAUGUGGACCGUGGCGCCAUGCGCUUCUACCACGCCCUGGGCUGGGGCGUCCCUGCUGUGCUGCUGGGCCUUGCCGUCGGUCUGGAUCCCGAGGGCUAUGGGAACCCCGACUUCUGCUGGAUUUCGGUCCACGAACCCCUCGUCUGGAGCUUCGCAGGCCCCGUUGUCCUUGUCAUUGUGAUGAAUGGGACCAUGUUUCUCCUCGCUGCCCGCACGUCCUGCUCCACUGGGCAGAGGGAGGCCAAGAAGACCUCUGUGUUGACCCUUCGGAGCUCCUUUCUCCUCCUCCUGCUGGUCAGCGCCUCCUGGCUCUUCGGCCUCCUGGCGGUCAACCACAGCGUCCUGGCCUUCCACUACCUCCACGCUGGACUCUGUGGGCUCCAGGGCCUGGCCGUGCUGCUGCUCUUCUGUGUCCUCAAUGCAGAUGCUCGGGCAGCCUGGGCACCGGCCUGCCUGGGUGGGAAGGCAGUGCCCGAGGAGGCCAGGCCGGCGCCUGCGACGGGUCCCGGGGCUUACAACAACACGGCGCUCUUCGAGGAGAGUGGCCUCAUCCGCAUCACUCUGGGCGCCUCCACCGUCUCCUCGGUGAGCAGUGCCCGGUCUGGCCGGACCCAGGACCAAGACAGCCAGCGGGGCCGCGGCUGCCUCAGGGACAACGUCCUGGUUCGACACGGCUCGGCUGCUGACCACACUGACCACAGCCUCCAGGCUCACACUGGCCCCACUGACCUGGACGUGGCCAUGUUCCACCGAGACGCUGGUGCUGACUCCGACUCUGACAGUGACUUGUCCCUGGAGGAGGAGAGGAGUCUGUCCAUCCCAUCCUCAGAAAGCGAGGACAAUGGCCGGACACGGGGGCGUUUCCAGCGUCCACUCUGCCGGGCGGCGCAAAGUGAGAGGCUCCUCACCCAGCCCAAAGAUGUGGAUGGCAAUGACCUCCUGUCCUACUGGCCAGCUCUGGGGGAAUGUGAGGCUGCUCCCUGUGCUCUGCAGACCUGGGGCUCCGAAAGGCGCCUGGGGCUGGACACCAGCAAGGAUGUGGCCAACAACAACCAGCCAGACCUGGCGCUGACCAGCGGGGAUGAGACCUCUCUGGGCCGGGCCCAGCGCCAGAGGAAAGGCAUCCUGAAGAACCGAUUGCAGUGCCCACUGGUGCCACAGACCCGAGGUGGUCCUGAGUUGUCCUGGUGCCGUGCAGCCACCUUGGGUCACCGGGCCGUGCCAGCUGCCUCCUAUGGUCGCAUCUAUGCUGGAGGGGGCACAGGUAGCCUCUCACAGCCAGCCAGCCGCUACUCCUCCCGUGAACAGCUGGACAUGCUUCUGCGGCGGCAGCUGAGUCGUGAGCGACUGGAGGAGGUGCCUGCCCCUGCUGCGCGCCCCCUGAGUCGGCCAGGUUCCCAGGAACGCUUGGAUGCUGUGCCAGGCCGCCUGGAGCCCAGGGACCGGGGCAGCACCCUACCGCGGAGACAGCCGCCCAGGGACCACCCUCGUGCCAUGGCCAGCCGCUUCAGGUCACGGGAUGCGCUGGACCUAGGGGCACCCUGCGAGUGGUUGAGCACACUCCCUCCGCCCCACAGUGCCCGGGACCUUGACCCACAGCCCCCACCUCUGCCCCUGUCUCCCCAGCGGCAACUCUCAAGGGACCCCCUCCUGCCAUCCCGGCCCCUGGACUCUCUGUCCAGGAGAUCGAACUCAGGGGAGCCGCUGGACCAGGUGCCUAGCCGGCACCCCUCCCGAGAAGGCCUGGGGCCACCCCCACCGCUGCUCAGAGUUCCAGAGGACCCGGGGAGCGCCCCCAGCCACGGCCCCUCCACAGAACAGCUGGACAUCCUCUCCUCUAUCCUCGCCUCCUUCAACUCCUCGGCUCUGUCCUCCUCUGUGCCGUCGUCGAGCACGCCCUCGGGCCCCCAUACCACUGCCACGCCUUCCGCCACCGCCUCUGCGCUCGGGCCCUCCACACCACGCUCUGCCACGUCCCACAGUGUCUCGGAGCUGUCGCCAGACUCAGAACCGAGGGACACACAGGUGCUACUGGCCUCAAGAGAAACCAUGGAGCUGAAGAGGCCAGACUACCACAUGGAGCGGCCACCAUUGAACCAGGAACAGCUAGAGGCUCUGGGGCAUUGGGGCCCGGCUCCUGGGACCCUCCAGUGGCGAACCUGGUUACAGUGCUCCCGUGCUCGGGCCCGAGCCCUGCUGCUCAGACACCUCCCGGUUUUGGCCUGGCUACCCCGGUACCCCGUGCGUGACUGGCUUCUGGGGGACGUGUUGUCUGGCCUGAGUGUGGCCAUUAUGCAGCUCCCACAGGGCCUGGCCUACGCUCUCCUGGCUGGACUGCCCCCUGUGUUUGGCCUCUAUAGCUCCUUCUACCCUGUCUUUGUCUACUUCCUGUUUGGCACUUCCCGGCACAUCUCCGUGGGCACCUUUGCUGUCAUGUCUGUGAUGGUGGGCAGUGUGACAGAAUCCCUGGCCCCGAAUGAGGCCUUUUUGCAGGCCCCGAACUCCACAGUCAAUGAGACGGCCAGAGAUGCCGCCCGCGUGCAGCUGGCCUCCACGCUCAGUGUUCUGGUCGGCCUGUUUCAGGUGGGGCUGGGCCUGGUCCACUUCGGCUUUGUCGUCACCUACCUGUCAGAGCCUCUGGUCCGAGGCUAUACCACCGCCGCGUCCGUGCAGGUCUUCGUCUCGCAGCUCAAGUAUGUGUUUGGCCUCCAGCUGAGCAGUUUCUCUGGACCACUGUCCCUCGUCUAUACAGUGCUGGAGGUCUGCUGGAAGCUGCCCCAGAGCGUGGUUGGCACUGUGGUCACCGCAGUUGUGGCAGGAGUGGUGCUCUUGGCGGUGAAGCUGUUGAAUGACAAGCUGCGGCGACAUCUGCCCCUGCCGCUCCCUGGAGAACUGCUCACGCUCAUCGGGGCCACGGGCAUCUCCUACGGCGUGGGCCUGAAGCAGAGAUUCGGGGUGGAUAUCGUGGGCAACAUCCCUACAGGGCUGAUAUUGCCAGUGGCCCCCAGCCCCCAGCUGUUCACCAAGCUGGUGGGAAACGCCUUCGCCAUCGCCGUGGUUGGGUUCGCCAUUGCCAUCUCGCUGGGGAAAAUCUUCGCACUGAGGCAUGGCUACCGGGUGGACGGCAACCAGGAGCUGGUGGCCCUAGGCCUCUGUAACCUCAUCGGGGGCAUCUUCCAGUGCUUCCCCGUGAGCUGCUCCAUGUCUCGGAGCCUGGUCCAGGAGAGCACCGGGGGCAACACACAGGUGGCUGGAGCUAUCGCCUCCCUCUUCAUCCUCAUUAUCAUUGUCAAACUUGGGGAAUUAUUCCAAGACCUGCCCAAGGCAGUCCUGGCGGCCGUCGUCAUUGUGAACCUGAAGGGCAUGCUGAUGCAGUUUGGGGACAUCCGCUCCUUCUGGAAGGCAAACCGCGUGGAUCUACUCAUCUGGCUGGUGACCUUCGUGGCCACCACCCUGCUGAACCUGGACCUGGGCCUGGCUGUGGCAGUAGCCUUCUCCCUGCUGCUCGUGGUGGUCCGCACGCAGCUGCCCCACUAUUCUGUCCUGGGGCAGGUUCCAGACACAGAUGUUUACAGAGACGUGGCAGAGUACUUGGAGGCCAGGGAGGUCCCAGGUGUGAAGGUCUUCCGCUCCUCGGCCACCAUGUACUUCGCCAAUGCUGAGCUCUACAGUGACACCCUAAAGCAGAAGUGUGGGGUGGAUGUUGACCGCCUCAUCUCCCAGAAGAAGAAGCUGCUCAGGAAGCAGAAGCUGAAGCUGAAGCAACUGCAAAAGGACCAACUCCAGACACAGGCUGCUGCUUCCAAGGGCACGUCCGUUUUCAUCAAUGUCAACACUAGUGAUGGAGACAUCAAGAGGAACAACGUGGAGGGCUCCAAGGCCACGCAGGUGAGCGCGGGGAGUGACCUGGAGGACGCGGCGGCCAGCGGUCAAGAAGGUGCCGACGCCAAGGCCCCAGACCAGUCCACACUGGAGGCGCUGGGCCUGCCUCAGCCGGACUUCCACAGCCUUGUCCUGGACCUGAGCUCCCUCUCCUUUGUGGACACCGUGAGCCUCAAGAGCCUGAGGAACAUAUUCCGAGACUUCCGGGAGAUCGAGGUGGAGGUGUACAUGGCCGCCUGCCACACUCCUGUGGUCACCCAGCUCGAGGUGGGGCACUUCUUCGAUGCGUCCAUCACUAAGCAGCACCUCUUUGCCUCUGUGCACGAUGCUGUCGUCUUUGCCCUCCAACACGCGAGGUCCAGCCAGGCCAGCUCUGUUUUGGCCACCAAACUCUGACCAUGCCGCCGCCCUGCCUGAGACUGCCUACCUCUGGAGCUUGUGACAGGGCACCUGUGAGAAUCCCUGUGCCGCCUCCACUUGUCACCCAGGAGUCCCCUCCGUACACACAACACACAGACAACUCAGGGAUGGAGAUCCUGGGAUUCCAAGUGCAGUGCUGGAGGCCUGGGUCGGGGCACUGGCCGGGGCAGGGGUGAGGGAUCGUGCGUGUUUUCUACUUCAGGAAUAAAGACUCAUUUGCCUGA